ACGGACGCUGGACGUACUCCACGGCUCCACUCGCACACACUGACGCUGGACGCACGGUCACCUUCUCCGGCCACACUGACGUUGGACGUACGGUCACUUUCUCAGGCCAAUUACUCUCAUUCUCUUAGAGUCUCAGUCUUAGGCUUUCACCACUGUCUCAAUCUCUCAUUCAGAACAAGCAGCCAUUCACCUUUAUUCAGUCGUUUGGCUAUUAAUCUGCUUCAAGUUUACACAGUUAAUAGUCAGCCAUGGCUGAUUUUUUAACUUCUACUCACCGGUCCAAGUGGAUCUUUGUUCCCCAAGAUUUGAAGGAGAAAUACAAGGCUGCUAAUCAUAGAGCAAAACAGAUGCUGGAAAAGUAUGGAGCGACAAGGGUGGAUGUUGAUCUUGAUGGCUCCUUGGCAUAUCCGGAGCUUCAAAGUGAUGCGAAGGACAAUGCCGAGAAACAUUCUCGUUCAAAACCACUUAAGAUAGACGAGGAACAACUUUUGCGUGCAUUUUAUGAGUUCAAAAUUCAAGACGUAUGUGAUGCCUUCAAAUUCCCUCGAAAAAUACAGGCAACAGCGCUCAUAUAUUUUAAAAGGUUCUAUCUGCAAUGGUCGGUGAUGGAGCACCAUCCAAAAGACAUCAUGUUGACUUGCAUAUAUACGGCCUGUAAAGCAGAAGAAAAUCAUGUAUCAGCUGAAGAGCUUGGUAAGGGGAUUGAUCAGGAUCAUCAUGUGAUUCUCAACAAUGAGAUGAUUGUUCUUCAGUCGCUUGGAUUUGAUCUUAUCGUUUAUUCGCCUUACCGCUCAAUUGAUGGUUUUAUCAAUGAUAUGGAAGAUUUUAUCUAUUCCAACAAUGGUCAACUUCAACAUCUGAAGGAUUUACAUGAGACAGCAAAGAUGGUAGCAGAUAAGACAAUGCGUACGGAGGCACCUCUUUUGUUUUCUCCUGGCCAGCUGGCAUUGGCUGCUCUGCGUAGAUCAAACGAGGAGCAUCAAGUGGUUGACUUCGAAAGAUACCUGGACAGCAUUCUUUCUCGUCAGCAUCCAGCACAUCCCGUUUCUGAGCUCACAGUUUUUCUGAAUGCUAUUGACCAGCUGGUAAAUAAACUUGUGACACCUACUGCUGCGGAUAUGAAACACAUUGACAGGAAGCUGAAAUAUUGUCGGGAUCCAGGCUCUCAUGAAAAGAGUAAGAAACGAAAGCAUAGGUCAAAAGACUAAUAACACCUUCAGCGUGGUGUAAGUUUCGGCUGUUUGGCUUGUUAUCUGGAUGCAAUUUUGGGUGCAGAGAAUGGUUAUCGACUUUCUUUCCAUUAUAUUUUCAAGUGACCGGCUGCCUUUGGUAGAAGACUCGAGCAAGCGGGGUACGCCCAUUCUAACUUGUAUCGAUACUCAUAUAACGACAUUUCCCCUAAGUU